GGCACAGGAAGCGGAAAGCGGCGGCGCUAGCAACUGCAGCAGCGGGGCUGGUACCGGGAGCAGCAUGGAGCGGCCGCGAGAGGUUGGUACUGAAGAUUAAGGCACCUGCUCUUCCCUCCUUAGAGUUUCUUUAGGUGGAAAGUCAUUGGCUGCCUGAUGUUUUGGAGCUACUCAUGAUUGGGACGCUGAGAGUACCCAGGAAGGUACUUUCUCUGAGGACCCCACCUCAGGAGCAACAGCUGCUCACCGUCUAAGGAAGCCGAUCAGUGCCCCUUCCAGUGCGGGGGCAGGCGUCUGCUGCCAUGGAUACCGAAUCGACAUACUCGGGAUAUUCCCACUACUCAGGUCACUCCAAAAAAGCCCACAGACAAGGGAGUCGGGACAGGCACAAAUCGCCGCGGAGUAAAGAUGGCAGUAGGUCAGAGAAAUCAGUCACCAUCCAGACGCCUCCCGCAGAACCGCUGCUGGGGAAUGAUGCCUCUCGGACAGAAGAGGGUCAGGAUGACAACUGGGGUGAGACCACAACAGCUAUCACAGGCACCUCGGAGCACAGCAUCUCCCAGGAGGACAUUGCCAGGAUCAGUAAGGAUCUGGAGGACAGUGUUGGCUUGGAUUGCAAACGCUACCUUGGUUUAACAGUGGCUGCUGUCCUUGGACUCCUCGUCUUCCUUACCCCCGUUGCCUUCAUUCUCUUACCCCAGAUCCUGUGGCGGGAUGAACUGGAGCCAUGUGGCACCGUCUGCGAGGGACUGUUCAUCUCUGUGGCUUUUAAACUCCUGAUUCUUCUGAUUGGGACCUGGGCUCUGUUCUUCCGUCAGCCGAAGGCGGAUAUACCAAGAGUGUUCAUGUUCCGGGCCCUCUUGUUGGUCCUUAUAUUCCUGUUUGUUUUUUCCUACUGGCUCUUCUAUGGCGUCCGCAUCUUGGACUCCAAGGACACCAAUUACCAGGGGAUAGUGCAGUAUGCAGUGUCUCUUGUAGAUGCUCUCCUCUUCAUUCACUAUCUAGCCAUUGUGCUGCUGGAGCUGAGGCAACUGCAGCCCAUGUUCACGGUCAAGGUGGUGCGGUCGACAGACGGAGAGUCGCGAUAUUAUAGCUUGGGGCACCUGAGCAUCCAGCGAGCUGCAUUGGUGGUUCUGGAAAACUACUACAGAGAUUUCACCAUCUAUAACCCGAGCUUGUUAAUGGCCUCCAAGUCUCGUGCAGCCAAACACAUGGCUGGCCUGAAAGUCUACAAUGUGGAUGGCCCAGGUAACAAUGCUGCUGGCCAAUCCCGGGCCAUGAUCGCUGCUGCUGCCCGGCGCAGAGACUCCAGUCACAAUGAGCUUUACUAUGAAGAAGCAGACCACGAUCGCAGAGUUAAAAAACGUCGAGCAAGGCUUGUGGUUGCAGUGGAAGAGGCUUUCACUCACAUUAAACGUCUCCAGGCGGAAGAACAGCAGAAAGCUCCAGGUGAAGUGAUGGAUCCCCGUGAGGCAGCCCAGACAAUUUUCCCAUCCAUGGCGAGGGCUCUGCAGAAAUACCUUCGCACCACCCGCCAGCAGCAUUAUCACAGUAUGGAGAGCAUCCUGCAGCACCUGGCCUUCUGCAUCACCAACAACAUGACGCCCAAGGCAUUCCUGGAGCGUUACAUCAAUCCAGGCCCAACCCUCCAAUAUGACAGGGAUCGCUGGUUCUCCAAGCAGUGGACGCUCGUCAGUGAAGAAGCAGUCACACGUGGAUUAAAGGAUGGUGUUGUUUUUGUUCUCAAGUGCUUGGACUUCAGCCUUGUAAUCAAUGUGAAGAAAAUCCCCUUCAUCAAACUCUCGGAAGAGUUCAUAGAUCCCAAAUCUCACAAAUUUGUCCUUCGCUUGCAGUCUGAGACUUCGGUUUAGGGUGCAGGGCAGUGUUCUCUUCUUCUUGUGCUUUUGGGUUUUGUGUCCCCAAUUCUGACUGAAACUGGCAGAUGACAAAGACCAGUAAUAUUUGACCAUCUGCACUUUAUUUGGAAGAAGGGCUGGGGGUAAUGGGUUGGGAUAUCUAUCUAGAAAGUAAUAUCUUAAAAGCUCACAAGGCAACUUGGUUGAGUUAGCUCAGCCUUUACGACAGAAUGAUCCUCCUUGUUUUCCAGGCUUAUUGUAGACACUGUGAACAAACAAACAAACGGCCUUUAUAUUUCCUUUGGAGCCCUGCCUUGCAGUGAUCAAUACUGUUCGUACAUCUCCCUUACUCAGGCCUGACCUGUCUCUGCGUCCUGUGCGUGUAGAUUUCUAUUGGGAAGUAGCUUUUUCUCAUUUAUAAAAGUCUGCGUAUGAGGGAGUAUUUACAGUUCCCCUCCUCUCAGGAAGGAGAGUGUGGUGGGUGGGGAGAGAAUUGAUAGUUGUUUGUAAACCAGGCUGUCUAGUGGUUGAAGAGCCCUUCCCCCUCCAGGGAUGCUCUUCUCCAAUAGCACUGGACCACUGUGAACCAGGGAGUAGCAGGGAUGGGUUUUGCCAUCUGUUUCCUUCAGUCUCUUCAGUUGAUUGUAUUGCUGAUCAUGGUACGGGCACUACUCAUUUUGCAGCUGUUUGAAUUAUUACCAGAUGUCUUAAUGAGAUGUCAGGGGAUUGGUGCAUGAUGCAACUCUCCCCCUCGGCCCCUUGAUCUCUAAUCCCUGCCCCACUAAUUUGAACAUCCCAUGCUCCCUCUUCUCUGUCCCCCUUGCAGCUUUCUGAAUGUGUUUCUCUAGCAACGGCUCCUCUGGGGUCAGUCGUGUUAUCACGUUCUCCCCACCCCCCUUUCGCGAUAUAUUUGCACAGUUACAGCCUGGCUGAGUAAACGUUCUCCUCGGAGGUGUGUGGCGUUUACCUAACCCUGAUGGCCUGGUCCCAAACAAAGCGAGCCUGCGCAGGAAUGUAGUAUCGUAUUCUAGAAGGGCUUCAAGAGCAUCUUGAAGGAAGGGGGAAUGCUUAACCCCUGUCCCUCACAGGGCCCAGAGACAGUGUGAGCAGGGAAAGGGCAGACCUUGGCUGACACAUGUGGUUGAGUGCCAUGGUUCUUUAAGACCGUAUAUAUAAAUGCACUACAGUAUAUUCAUCCCCCCCACCCCCACCCUGCUGUAGCUAAGAGAGACCAAACUGCGUCUGAAUGUUGCAAUUGCUUUUUUAAAAAAAAAAGUCCUUGACCGUUUACCCCAUGUUACUGUUCUCUUAGGUAUUCGUCACCAAGCUAGCCUGGAAUUUGUCUGUUCUUGGGUGAGGGAAGCUUAGCUCUCCAGAGAACAUACUUUUUAAGCCUUUUUUUCUGUCAGUGACCUCUGUUCUCAAGGUCUUUAAACAGGAUUGUUUUAAAGCUGGGCUUAAACAGAACCUCUUGAUCUGAACACUCUCCCUGCACUCUGAAUUCAAGGAAUGUUUGGGUCCAGGUCUCCACUCCAGAGCCAGCUCCUACUUCUGUCAUGAGUUAAACCAAAUCCCCAGUUCCAGACGACCUCCAGACUCUGGGAAAGUUCAGUACAGGAUCUGGAGUGGGAUUUCCUGGCUUGGGCCUAUGUCUAACUUUAUUUUGAUGAACAGGAAAGUCUGGGGGGAAGUCUCUUACAAUGUGAAUGUCUUUGUUUUGCUUGCCUGUCUUUGUUACAGACAGAUGUUUAACACACUAAGGCAAGGUACUUAAGCAGGUCCCAUUGAAGUGUAUGGGACCAGUCACGUGUUCAAGCGACUUGGUGAACCAGAGCCUAAAGUGGUGAUUUUCAAGUCAUGACCUAUCUGUGGUCUGCCAGGCCCUUCCUGCUGGUCCUAGGUAUCUCCUAUGGUAUUUAUAAGGACCCUACCCCCUUUGUAUUUAUGUACCAGUAACGAUUACAAAGAAGCCAAAUUGCACUGGUGGUUGCAGGGUGUGGGAUGGGUCUAUGGGAGGAUCUCUUCUUAUUGCCAUAUGCGAUGUUUAUAGAUAUCCCCUGCCCUAAAGCACACUCAGUUCUUUCCGUCAGGCUUUCUGGCAGUUUUUGUUGGUUUUUAACAGUUGUGGCCUUUUGCUGUAUAUUCAUUUUGAAAACGCUGUUGGUUUUGUACCAUUUUUAUUAAAUGAAAGUCACACAGUGUUGUGCCUGAUGCAUCCUAAAAAGUGAGUUUCUUUAACCUUUGGAUAACAAGUGCAACUGGAGAGCAGGGACUGUGGGGGUAAUUGGCUAAAGCUGUGAUCAGGGCUGAACUGGCUGUCUGAAUUUAGGGCCCCAACCCUAGCUUAGUUGGCUCAGACGUGUGAAUUUAGAACAAAAGCACCCAGUAUGAAUUUCCUCCUUUCAUGAUUCCUGCCAUACCACCUCAGAACUGGAAGUUGUUUGACAGUCGCUUUGCUCAGGAAACAUGUCUUUCUGUUUUUAAAUGUGUGUAAGGAUUUAAUACAAAACCAAAUAGAAGCCGAGUGUAUUCACAGCUGCUACAUAACCUACCUGCUGCAGUUCAAAGUGCCACCAUUUCUGUCUGUCCCAGAAAGGGGCGCUGUUAGCGUAAACCUCCUUUAAAUGGAAUGCCCUUAAUUUUGUUACUGCUAAUGCUUGAGAGGUCUCAACCCCAAUGAGAGAGAAAAGGUCAUUUACUCUUUGCCAUUUACCUUUCUGCACUUCGUUGAGCUUGGAAGGAGAGGGAAGUGGUUGGAGUGGGGGACUGGGCGCCAGGACUCCUGGGUUCUAUUCCCUGCUUUGCCAUAGGAAUCACUGUGAGACCUUAGGCAAGUUACUUCACUUCUCUGGGCCUUCAUCUCUCCAUUUGCAAAAGGGGGAACCAUGAUAUCUACCUCACAGGGAUGUUGUGAGGCUAAACUUAACCUUCGUGAAGUGACUUGAGAUUGUCUAUCGAAGCGCAAACUGUCUUCUAAUAAAGAUUUGAACAGUGAAACUA